AUCCAUCCAUUCUUCCUUCUUUCUGAGCUCAAGCGUCCAUGGAUGCAGACAGAGCGGGCAACGCCCCCGCCUUCCCGGUGCCGCGGCAGCAGGCCCCGUCGUCGACGACGCUGCUGUUCCCGCCUCCGACGACGCCAUUGGCGCCGUACUACUAUUCUUCAUCUUCUCCGGCGACGUCGUCCCGCCUGACGCACCACGUGACGCUGAGCCUCACCAGCCUGCCCAUCCUGGUGCUCACCGUCCUCGGCAUCCUCACCACCUCCGCGCUCCUCCUCACCUACUACGUCUUGGUCAUCCGCUGCUGCCUCACCUGGCACGCCACCACCUCCGACCACGACUCCCGCGCGCCCAGAAGCCUCGUCAUCUCCCUCACCCGCCGCCGCCAUCGCCGCAACAGCACCCCCUCCGACCACGAGCUCCCCGUGGUGCACGGGCCGGUGCCCGACGAGCCACGCACUGGGCUCGGGGAGCCGGCCAUCCGGGCGCUGCCGGCGUUCAGGUACACCAAGGCCGCCAAGGACGACGCCACCGGCGGCGACGCGAGCGAGUGCGCCGUGUGCCUCGGCGAGUUCCAGGAGGGGGAGAGGGUAAGGCUCCUGCCGGGCUGCCUCCAUGUCUUCCACGCCGAGUGCAUCGACACCUGGCUCCACGGCUGCGCCAGCUGCCCCCUCUGCCGGGCAGCCAUCACCGGCAAACAAGCUCCGUUGACAAUGGACCGGCCGCCGAGGCGAGAGGAGGUGGUCAUCCAGGUGCAGGUCGCCGGCACCGGAGAAGAAGAAGGCACACCGCAGCGAGAACACGGCACGGCGGCCUCGAAGAGCAGCACUCACUUCCAUGGAGAAUGCAGCGGCGGCGGCGGCGGCAAUGAAGCACGUUGUAGUAAGUAGUGAUUUUAGUUAGUUGCAUGACUUGGAUUAGGCAAAACAAAAUUAUGUCACAUUGUUUGGGGGGUGUUCAUCUUUUUUGCCGCUCGCAAGAUUCAUGAAAGAUAGUGCAUCAAAGGAGGAGGAGCAUUUAUAUUAUCUCUAAUGGAUGAUAACUAGUUGUCAUGACAGUUCUAAGGUGUCACAGGUUCAGUUCUCCCUGAAUAUUU